CACGCGUGCCUCCUCCUCGUCAGCCGCCGCUGCAACUUUGGACUCUCAGCGCCUUCUUUUAGCGACACUUUAGAGGCGACACGCGUGACUUAGUCCCGCCAUGUUCGACUUGAAGAAGAGGAAUAGUUUGACGCUCAACAGCGGCCGCGAGUCUCGUGACGUGGAAGAGUUCAGGCGCGUGGCGGUCAGGCGGAAAGUGAAAGGCGACACGCAGGAUGGCCACGCAGUGGGGAGCAGUUCCAGCUGUGGGGGGUCUUGUGACAGGACCUGUGGACCCAAACAUGAAAACCACCAAAGUCCACCCACCAAACCACAAGUGCCCCCCAAGCCCGCGCACCUCCAGAGUCCGAUGAGGAGCGGACCGCCCUCUUCGCCCCGGCAUUUUCCUGGCACGGACGACAAGAGUCCAAUCCGGGCGGGGGUGAGCUGUCUCCUCAAUGGAGCCCAGCUGAGCCCCACCCGCCUCUCCCCUUCCCAGAAGAUCCCAAAGCUCACCAGCAGCCCGUUGGGGUCUCCAAGUCCAGGCAAGAGAGGCAUCCAGAACUGCACCCCCUUGAGGGAGGGCGGUCACUUCCCCACUAAGUUUACCCCAAGAAACCGGAGCCCUCUGUCGGUAAUACUGCGGACCCCCAGCCCCGUUCAGAACAAGAUAGGGAGCUACAGCCCUGCCAGGAACUCUAAAUCCUGGCUGGGGGUACACAGGACCCCAAGCGGGAAGAUGGAGGGUCAGGAGAAGAGGACUGGGAAGUCUUUGAGUGUUCCUGACCUCGUUGUGUACCUGGAUGAAAGAAUCCCGUUGGAAAAAGAGGAAAGUUCUCCUCGGCCCGCCAUCACCGUCAAAGCCCCGACAGACUACAGACUCAACCGCACCGCGGGGGAAGUCUCCUCGCGUCCGACGGACUGCAGACUUAAUCGCACCGUGGGGGAAGUCUCCUCGCAAAGUUCAACGGACUGCAGACUCAACCGCACCGUGGGGAGAGUAUCCUCGCAAAGUUUAACGGACUGCAGACUCAACCGCACCGUGGGGGAAGUCUCCUCACAAAGUUUAACGGACUGCAGACUCAACCGCACCGUGGGGGAAGUCUCCUCGCAAAGUUCAACGGACUGCAGACUCAACCACACUGUGGGGGAAGUCUCCUCGCGUCCGAUAGACUGUAGAAUCAACCGCACCGUCGGGGAAGUCUCCUCGCAAAGUUCAACGGACUGUAGACUCAACCGCACCGUGGGGGAAGUCUCCUCGCAAAGCUCAACAGACGAGCGUCAGCCUGAUGGUAUCCUGCUUGAAAAAGCCUCCAAGAUCCAUGCGGGGUCCAAGUCCAAAUGCAGAUGGACCGAAGGAGAACGACAUGAGGAAGAGGAGGAGGAGGAGAAGAAGGAGGAGGCACUGAAAGAGGAUGAGAACAUGGAGCAGAAGUUGUUCAAGAUAGCUCGUGAGCUCCUGCACACGGAGAGGGCUUACGUGGCUCGACUACACCUGCUGGACCAGGUGUUCUGUCUGCGUCUCACAGAAGAGGCGGGGCGAGGCUCCUUCCCGGUGGAGGUGGUGCGCAACAUCUUCUCCAACAUCUCCUCCAUCUACUCCUUCCACAGUCAGUUCCUGCUGCCCGACCUGGAGGACCGCAUCAGCCACUGGUGUGAGCAGCCGGGCCUGGGUGAGGUCCUCCUGCAUCACGCUCCCUUCCUGAGGAUGUAUGCUGACUACGUCAGCAACUUCCACCCAGCCAUGGAGCUGCUCAGAACCUGGACCGAGCGCUCCUCCACCUUCAGGAACCUCCUCCACGACAUCCAGAGCCAGGAGGUGUGUGGCAGCCUGACCCUGCAGCACCACAUGCUAGAACCGGUCCAGAGGAUCCCUCGCUACGAGAUGCUGCUGCGGGACUACGUCAAGAAGAUGCCCUCCACUCACCCGGACUAUGAAUUUGCUCAGAGAUCCUUGGAGACCAUCUCCAUGGCGGCCAACCACUCCAACAGCGCCCUCCACAAAGCGGAGAGCAUCAAGCGACUGCUGGAGAUCUAUGAGAUGGUUGGAGAGGAGGAGGUGGUCAACCCCACCAACCAGUUUGUGAAAGAAGGUCGCCUGCUCAAGAUCUCUGCCAGGAACACCUCUUCCAUGGAGCGACACCUCUUUCUGUUCAACAACUUCCUGCUGUGCUGCACGCCAAAGUUCAGCCUAGUCGGGCAGCGUCUGACGGUGCGCAGCAGGAUAGGAGUGGACGGCAUGCAGGUGCAGCAGACCACCAAUGAAGACCACCACUACACCUUCCAGGUGUCGGGAAAGGAGAAGACCCUGGAACUGCAGGCCAGCUCUGAGCAGGACCGGGACGAGUGGAUCCAGGUGAUCCAGGACGCCAUCCAUGAGUUCCAGCAGAAGAACCAGACCUUCAAGAUGGCCUCCAAGGAGAUCCUGGCACAGGAACAGACGGCAGAGCUGGGCCGCCGGGCCCCCCGCUGGGUGCGUGACCACCAGGUGACAGUGUGCAUGACCUGCAGCGAGACCUUCCACGCGCUCACCCGGCGUCGACAUCACUGCCGGGCGUGCGGCUGUGUGGUGUGCUGGAAGUGCUCCGACCACAAAGUGGCGCUGGAGUACGACGGCUACAAACUCAACAAGGUGUGCAAGUCCUGCUUCUCCGUCCUCAGCGCGCCAAGAGGAGGCGGGGCCAAGAAACGCUCGCCAGAGUCCUGCAGGGACUCCACCAUGAGCGGCUUCCUGCAAUACGGCGACCAUCCCAGAAGGUGUCAGCAGGUGUGGGGCGUGGUCACCACCACCGAGCCCCCCCUCCUCUCCCUUUAUGCCACCCCACAGGACCCCGCACCCAUGUCCAGAAUCCCGCUGCCAGGCUGCACUGUGGAGGAACCUCCUGCUGACCUCCAGGGACAUUUCUGCCUGCGACACUCUCAGAGUGUGCACGUCUUCACCUGCCAGGGCGACGACUUGAAGCGGCGUUGGGUGGGCGCCCUCAAAGCGGCCGUCAGAGGCUGGGACGAUGGCACCAGCGAGUCCAGCGGGGAGGAAUGACUUUCUAACGGCAGCAAGGAAAGCUAAAGUUGAAUUAUCUGAUUUGUUUGUGAAAUGACUGACAGGAAAAUAAAUAAAAAGUUUUAACAUGA